GCAGCUCGGCAGAGGGGACGGGACGGGACCCGGCGCCCCGCGGGCCAUGCGCCUCCUGGCUACGGCGCUGGCCGCACUGCUGGCCACGGCCCCGGCCCCAGAUGUUUGUGAGGCUUUAAAUGUGACAGUCUCUCCUGGACCAAUGGUGCAAUACUCUGAGGGGGAUAAUGCUACCCUUUACUGCCACAUUUCUGAAAAGAGGAAGACAGACAAUUUGCUGGCUGUGCGGUGGGUCUUUGCUGCAUCACCUGCCCACGAGCACCUGAUGAUCAAAAUGACAAAGUUUGGUUCUGUCCAGUACUAUGGAAAUUAUACUCAUCAUUUUCACAAGCAAAGACUUCAUCUUCUUAAAGAGAAACAUGGAACUAUGUACAAAUUUCUUAUUUUAAGCCUCCAGCAAACAGAUCAAGGACAUUAUAUAUGCAAAGUACAGGAAAUUGGCAAACACAGAAAUAAGUGGACAGCAUGGUCAAAUGGUACAGCAGCUACUGAAAUAAGAGUGAUUUCAUCAAAAUCUUCUGAUCAUCCCACUUUCAAGAAAAAUCAUGAAGCUUGGAAGUUUUUUGAAGAUCUGUAUGUGUACGCAGUGUUUGUGUGCUCCAUAGGAAUCAUGAGUGUCCUCCUGUUCACCCUUGUCAUUCUCUGCCAGUCCCUUCUCAACAAGAGGAGAUCCACAGUGAAGCAUUACCUGGUGAAAUGCCCCCAGAACAGCUCUGGUGAGACAGUUACCAGUGUGACGAGCAUGUCCCCUCUACAGCCUAAGAAGAUAAAGAAGAAGAAGGAGAAAGAAAAACUGGAGCAGCCACCAGCCAUCCCAGCAAAAGCUCCAAUUGUCAGUAAUUUCCCAAAGCCCAAGCUCUUGAAACCUCAAAGAAAAUUGAUCCUGCCAAAAAUCGCAGAAGAGAAUUUAACAUAUGCUGAACUUGAACUGAUGAAGCCAAUUCAGGAAGCCAAAGGCAUUUCCAGUAUGACAGUCUACGCACAGAUACUCUUUGAGGAGAACAAGCUGUAAUAGUCCAUGCCUGUAUAAAUGUCCUUUGUCUGUGUUCUAUUUAAUUCUUACUGUGCUGUUUAUUUAUAAAAAUCAUACAAAUGUCCUUAUUUUUUUAUUUCCAUUCAUGCCCUUCUGUUUUUCUGUGAGACGUCUAAACAUGAUGUAGUUGAAGGUAAUCAUAGAAAAAGCAGCUGGCCAACAAGUGACAUUCCAGAGAUACCUUUGUGGUGUUCCAUGCCUCUGUUGGAAAUGGACUAAAGGUCCACCUGGGGCAUUUUUAACACUAAACAUUAUUCCUUCUUUAAUGCUGAUGUGAUGGGUCCAGCUGCCAACAUCAGUAUCUCAGGAGGACAAACAGCAGGAUCCACACCCAUCAAUCUGCUACUGAAGGGAAAGACCACUGACCAGGAAAAUGGCCACUUUAAUGCAUUUCACCCCAUCAGAAAAAUAAUAACCCAGUAAAGCUGGGACUUUUUGCUACAGCCAAGGAAAAGCUAAAAUUACUUUUUCUACUUCUUUUCCCCUUCUCCAGAAAUAGUUGAAAAGGUUUGUGCUGUGUAUUUUAAAAUUCCCUUCCUAAAUGACAUUGUCUUUAAAACUUACGUUACUUUUAGUAUAGCUUGAAAUAAAAUAUUUCAAAAUAAUCUGAAGGGAACAUUUAUAGUUAAACCCCCAUGAUUUAAGGAAGAAUAUUCAUAGCUUGAGAACAUCUCCCAUGAUUUGAUUUUUUAGAAUUCUGAUUGGGAGUAGGAAAAACUUGAUAGUGAGUAAAAAACUGAGAGAACCAGGACACUGCUUUUGGUCUUAAUUUAGUGUGGUAUUUCCAAACCAAAGUUCCCUCCUGUAGCCUGCACUAAUGAGAUGCUGAUCUAGAGGAAAAAAUUACACAGCUUCUCCUUCAGUAUGGAACAGAUUCUGUAAAGCCCUGCUGACUUAGGAGUUAUUUCUUUGGAAAGACCAGGGCUCAGGAGAUAGGGAAAUGAGCCUAAUGUCAGGAGACAAAAUAAAAUUCCUCUUUCCUUACCUCUUGAUAACUGAGAA